GCAGCGGGGCAUCAUGGCGAGUCCCGGACAGAAAGUGGUGCUCAUCACCGGCUGCUCGUCUGGCAUCGGCCUGAGGAUGGCCGUGAUGCUGGCGAAGGAUGAACAGAAGCGUUAUCACGUCAUAGCAACAAUGCGCGAUCUGAAGCGUAAAGAUAAGUUGGUGGAAGCUGCAGGGGAUGCAUACGGGAAAACACUUUCUCUGGCUGUGCUGGACGUCUGCAGCGAUGAGUCCGUCAAACAGUGUAUUAACGGCAUCAAAGAUCGACACGUGGAUAUCCUCAUCAAUAACGCUGGUAUCGGCCUUGUGGGUCCAGUGGAGAGCAUCCCCAUCGAAGAGAUGAAGAAAGUGUUUGAGACCAAUUUCUUUGGGGUGAUCCGCAUGAUCAAGGAGGUGAUGCCUGAUAUGAAGAAAAGGAAAGGAGGACACAUCAUUGUGGUCAGCAGUGUGAUGGGGCUGCAAGGUGUGGUGUUUAAUGACGUGUACGCAGCUUCCAAGUUUGCUAUGGAGGGCUUCUGUGAGAGUUUGGCUGUGCAGCUUUUGAAGUUUAACGUCACUUUGUCACUGAUCGAGCCGGGUCCAGUCCACACAGAAUUUGAAGCAAAGAUGAUUGAGGAUGUGAAGCAGAAGGAGUAUCCCGGAGCUGAUCCUGAUACAUUGCAUUACUUCAAGAAUAUCUACCUUCCCUCUUCUGUUGACAUCUUUGAGACAUUGGGACAAACACCCGAUGACAUCGCCAGAUGUACCAAGAAAGUGAUUGAAGCAAGCAGGCCGCGAUUCCGUAAUCUGACCAACCCCUUGUACACACCCAUCGUAGCGCUGAAAUACGCUGAUGAAACUGGAGGCCUGUCUGUCCAUGCUUUCUACCACAUGCUCUUUAACCUGGGUCCUAUAAUGCAUGUCAGCAUGACUGCCAUGAAGUAUCUCACCUGUGGAUGUCUGAGGAGCAGGACAAUUUCACCAAACUAGAAACUUACUGUAUAUCUUGCAUGUGUGUAUCAACAAUACAAACACCCUGAGUAAGUAGACCACAAAAAAGAGUAUAUUCAACUAACUUGGCUUAGUUUGUCAGAAGAAAAAAGAAAUCCAUACAUGAACAAUUUCAAAAUGUUCAUCUUUUGUGACCUGCCAUAUUUCCUCCUCUACAUAUGCAGUCUGUAUUGUAAUGAACAGUCCUACAUAUUUUCUCUUCUCUGUAUAGCGCUGUAGAGAUAACAGAUUAAAUGCUACAGAUACUGAUUUGUUAGCCCACCCAGAGUGCCAAAUUAGUAGAGUUUGCACUUAAAUACCGUAGAGUGAUUUCAUUAUUUUGUCCCAACAAGUCUCACACAACUUUACAUUUCAGAUCGUUUUAAGCUUGGUUCAGAAAAGCAGUCUUCAACAUUGUUUAAUUGUAGCCUAUGUAUUUACAUCUGUGUACAUACAUGUCCAUGAAGCAUCAAUC